UGCAGACACAGUUUUCAGCUGGGUGAGGAUAGGGGAAGAACUGAUGUUUCUUGAUUGAUCUCAGGUCUGUUCUCAUACUUGCAGGGGGCUCUGUUGCCUCAUCCUUGUAAAGAGUGUAUGAGUUAUCUUUCCUGUGCCCUGGCCGGCUUUGCUUUUUCUAAAGUGAUGACCUUGAGGACCUUCAAGCUUAGGAGCUUUCAGAGCCGGAUUUGCCACCUGGGAGCGGAACCUGAUAGUGGCGCCCUCCUGGAGCGCUCACUCUGUCCUUCCCUCCUGCUCUCUUCCUGACGUUAGCAGAGGACUGGGACUCGCGAGAGAGGACUCAUGGACCUCCAGGACCUAUUAACUUGACAGACCCGCCCCUCUAUUCGAGCCAGCCCAACUCGGAGAACUCAGAGUCAUCCUCGAGAGUAAAGAAAGCUCUUAGAGGUUUUUUUUUUUGUUUUUUUUUUUACAAAUCUAUCUUAAAUGUCAGUCCAAUAUCCACGGGGGCGAGCCACAGCAGGUGAGAAACCUGGAAAUGAGCCUGAAGAGGUGAUGCUGCAGAAUGCCAGCAAACAGAUUGUGCAGAAUGCAAUCCUGCAAGCUGUGCAGCAAGUCUCCCAGGAGAGUCAGCACAGGGAAGAGAGAAUCAGUGACAACCGGGACCACAUCCAACUGGGCGUUGGGGAGUUAACCAAGAAGCAUGAAAAGAAGUAACAUGGUGGACUUGGCUCUUGACAUGUGCUUGGUUUCUAGCCUUCCUCUUAGUAUAGGACGCAUCACCAAAAUGUUGCCAGUAAAGCAAACGGAAGUGUCACCUGCACCUAGCUGUAGAAUGAAUUCGCACUAGCCCCUGGCUGAGAAGCACUGUUUUGAAAAAGUGCAUUAGACGAUUCUGUUCAUAUUUAUGCAGUGCCUCUGAGACAUAGUGGGGCCAAAUAUGACACUGUAAUUGCAAAAGUAGUUUUGCAGGCCAAUUUAUUUUUAAAGUUAUUUUAUUUGAAAAAAAGAAUUCUAUGUCUCGUUUAUUUCCUUCUGCCUUUUAUGCGCUCCUUCUGUGAAUUUAACAAGCAGUCUUUUUGCUGAAAUAUUGAGUACAGUACUGAGUUCUUUAUGAUAUAUUAAAAAGACAUGCUAGAAAGGUGAGGGAAUGGAGUUUUUGUUAUCUUCAAAUGUGAAAUUGAAGGCUUUAAGUGGGUUCAGGUCUAAGAUCAAAUUAAGCAAAGGGAAAUUCUGAGGCUGAGUCCCUUGGGAUCAUACCAAGGCAUUUACUAACAUUUAUGUUAUUUUAAGAAAGGGAGGAGUUUAAGCUUCUCAAGAACUCAGUCUUUUAGUCUCAAUUCUCUGAAUGAUUUCAUAAUUUGUGUUUAUGCUCUGCGUAGAAAUCUUUUGGGAAUAUUAUGGAUUUCUUUUCUCAUCUCAAGAUUAAAUAAGACAAGUGAGUCUACACAUGUGAGUUGCCAAUGACUCAAUUCCUUAGCAGCCUCAUGGAGAAUGGCUAGAAUUGUAGAUUUCUUCAACAGCUGCCUAUCACUAAGAGACUUACACUUGGGGUUGAUUAUGGGGUGCAACAUCCUUGGAAGGGAUUCUGGGGUCCUUACGAAUGCUGUUUUGCCACCAGGCUAUGCAUUUGCAUUAGGACCUUACUAACUUUUCCCAUCCACACAUUAAGAUUUUUUUUGAGAUCAUGAAAAUCAUACAGGUCAGGAAUAUAUGAGAAUACAAUGGGGACAGUAAAGUGACAGUGUUUUGAAUGCAGUGACAGAGAUAUGUGUGUGUACGUGUGUAAUAAAGGUAUCUGUGCAGCAGCAGGAUCAAUCCCUGCUCCACUUCUGUGAGGAUAAUGCACAUAUUUCUGGAGUAUCUACAGUCCCAUUUCUUGGGCUUCACAAAAGUUGUUGAAUUGCUGCUAUUGGGGACAGAGGAAGAAUUUGACCUUGGUUAAAAACCUUCUGGUUUCAGAGUAUCAAUAUCUACAUUUGAUUUUUUUUAAAGCGAAGUAUUCGGGUAUAAAUUGUGACUGAUAUUAAGAUAUACUUCUAAAAUUCCUAUAUGCUACUGUUUCUAGAAUAAAUAGUUGGAUAAUAGAUAAUGAAUGAAAAAUAUCUUACCAGCUUUGUUAUGCUAUCUCCCACAGUGCACAGGUGGAAUAAAUUCACAGGAACCAUGGAAGGAGAAGAAAGCAGAAGGGCUUAAAAUUUAAAGAUUGUUUACUCACAAGUAUUUCUUUUAGCAGAAUUCAUGCCAAGUGAAGAGUGAGUUUAAGUCGACCAAAAGUCAUAUAACUGAUGUGAUAUAAUUGCAUAGCAUACAUAGUGAGAAUGAAGGUAUUCAGGGAAAUUAUUCAGGAGUGCCACAAAUAAAAUAAAUAAAUAAAUCUAAUGCUUGUAGUUUGUAAGUGAUCUGGUACUGUGUCUACUCAGAUAUCUGGAUAUGACCAGCCUUUGUUUUUGCUGUCAAGUGACAGAAACAUAUAAACAUACUAUUUUUCCUCUCUGAUGUGUCUGUACUAAAAAAUUGGGAAUUUUUGGAAUAUCUUAUUGACCUCUGUGUCUAAAUGUUAUUUAUAAAUAAAACACAUACAGCUUUGAAAUAUUUUAAGCAAAGUUUUCUAGACUCUGCUGUUUGGCUCAUUUUGUAUGUGGAUCUUACCAUUAUUUGGCACCAUGAGGCUUCCAAGGCUAUUUUCAAACCCCUAGAUAUCAUCACCAGGGGAAGUGCUUCCUUAAUAGGCCCUUCACUGUGACUGUGUGAGGACAGCCAUGGGAUGGUGGGUCCUGAGGCUUGAAGAGAAAAGGAUGUAUGCUAAGAAGUGGACUUUUGAUCUAAAAAAUUCAAGGUAAGUGGGUCAGGAAGGUAGAGUGUCUGCCAUAAUUUUUGAGAUGGAAAAUCGACAGCAAGGAACAGAGAUAUGACUAAGUUGUUGGGAGGACAAAAGGAAGUUCAGCAACCCCUGUCCUCAAUAGGUAGGUGCCAUAUUGGCAAAAUUCUAAGAAAACUCAGUCAUAAAAAUAAACGAGUUAAAUACCUAUAAACUCUUACAGAUCUUUCAGUAUGAAGAAAAAAUUACUAGAUUUUACAAGGGGCCUACAGAACUUCAUUUGACAUAGGAUUAAGGUGGAUUUCCACUUGAUUAUUAUCAUAAACCAGAUCACAGCUUUUAGUUUCAGAAAUGAGUAGGAGCAUUUACUUAGUGUCCUUUAUCUUUCUGAUUUACUACAUACACAGGCUUCCCAUCUCUGUGUGUUCAGCUGUUCGUCUUUUCUGUUGCCUGCCCCUAGGGUGGAACUAAAGAAAGAAAUCCUUUCAUGUUACUUUGUUCUGCUGUAAUCAUCUGUUCAGUGCAAACAGUAUUGUAAAUUGAUGCAAAAUGACUAACUGGUUCCCUUCAUUUCUUUUCUUAUUCAUUUUUUAGCCAUUUAGGUUUCCUUUAUGGUGGAAUUUCAGGUUACAAAGAAAUGAAUCUAUCAUUUAAAAAUAAUCAUUGAAUUUAUGCCAUUCAGAGACGAGUAACUGGCCAUUUUCAAGGCUGUUUUAAGGUUUCUAUAAUAAAACAAUACAAAAGAGAGGGAUCUUUAAUUUAUCCACUGUAAUAGCUUAGUCUAGUAAAAUACAGUAAAAAAAUAAAAUCUACGAAAAAUCUGAAACUAGUUUAGCCCCUAUAAUACCAAAAUAGAUGUAGAGACAGGAAAGAGGAAAUUAUAGUAAUAAUAUCUUUCUUGAGCAUGUGAAAGUUUUCGAAAGAUAGUAGUACAAAUUCCCUCAUCUAUCUCAUUGCCACAACCUCAAACUAAGGUGUAGCCUGAGAAAAUCUUGAUAUAGUUUGGCUGUGUCCCCACCCAAAAUUUCACCUUGAAUUGUAAUCCCCACAAUCCCCACGUCAAGGGUGGGACCAGGUGGAGUUAAUCGGAUCAUGGGGGUGGUUUCCCCUGUGCUGUUCUCAUCAAAGUGAGUGAGUCUCAUGAGAUCUGAUGGUUUUAUAAGCAUCUGGCAUUUCCCCUGAUUGCACUCACUCCAACUUGCUGCCCUGUGACAAAGGUGACUGCUUCUCCUUUACCUUCUGCCAUGACUGUAAGUUUCCUGAGCCC